AUUGAUAAAUAUUUAUUAUUUACAAAAUACGCAAUAAAUAUUUUUUCAGAAACUCAAUAAAAUUGUUCAAAAUUACUUUUUCAAAGUGUCAAAUUUUCGAAACAGAGAUUGAAAUGCUUGAUCUUGAAGUAAUUCCUGAAAGAGGAUUGGGAUGUCCAGAAAAGUUUUGGGAAUUCAUUUUGGGAAUGCAUUUUUCUCAAGCUGUUGCAAUAAUACAAACACAAGUUGGAACCAUAAAGAAUGUUCAAGUGCUAUACAGUGAUCAUGAUCCAUUAGGUAUAGAUAUUGUAAUUAAUUUGCCAUUGAGCGGACUGCGCUUGAUUUUCGAUGCAAUCUCGCAACGUCUCAAGGCGAUCGAGAUAUUCAACAUGAAACUCGUUCGUUUACGCUACUGCGGGCUUCAUUUUAAUUCUCCUGAAGUUAUCCCAUCAAUAGAACAAAUUGAGAAUUCAUUUGGCUCAACACAUCCAGCUAUAUAUGAUGCUGCAAAGAAUUCCUUCGCUUUGAACUUUAGAGGAUUAACGUUCUAUUUUCAUAUCGAUACGAAAAUACAAACGAAUUUCGCCAGUCAUGGUCUUGGAUCUCUACAUUUUGGACCAGGCAAUUCUCCUGUAGUCACCAAAAUGAUCUUGUACAACGGGAAUAAUGUUCAAGAUUGUAAACCUCCCCCUCUACCCAUUUCUUGCAUGUUGAAACAGCUCUACAUGGAAUCAGCAACAGUCAUCAGAAAUGCAUGUGGUACAAAAGGUCUUCGACUAAAUAUCUUUACUGAAGGAUCUGUACGGUCAUUAGAACCAAAAAAGCAAUGUCUUACUCGUGACAUUCUGUUUGGUGAUUCAUGUCAAGAUGUUUGUACUAAUAUUGGUGCACCAUCUCGAGUAUUUUAUAAAUCCGAAGACAAAAUGAAAAUUCACUCCCCAUCAGCUCAUAAACGUGUUCAAAACCGUCGAAGUGAUUAUUUCUUUAAUUAUUUCACUUUAGGAUUAGAUGUUUUGUUUGAUGCAUGUACACAAAAAGCUAAAAAGUUUAUUUUACAUACAAACUAUCCUGGACAUUAUAAUUUCAAUAUGUAUCAUCGCUGUGAAUUCAAAUUAGAAUUGAAUGGAGACAAAACAACUAGCGAAAACUUGUUGAACACUACUCCUGUUACCGUUAAUGCAUAUUCAAAAUGGGACACUAUCAGCUCACGAUUGAAUCCAGCAGACCGACCUGUUGUUCUUCAUCGUGCUUCAUCAACAAACUGCUCGAACUUAUUUGGAUCUACGUUUUGUUACGGUUAUCAAGAUAUUAUUUUUGAAGUUAUGAAUAAUGGUCAUAUCGCUUCAGUAACCUUCUAUAAUACGUCACAAAAUGUCUUUAGUCCCUGGGCUGGAACUCAGCAAAGUGGAGAGAAAAAUAAGCUUUUUAUUACAAAAGCAUUAAAUGAUGGAAAUAUAUCUGAUCUUGAAGAAGGCCAGAUAUAUUCUGAUAGUUCAUCAAGCGAAAAAGAGGAUGACGAAUCUAGCAAUUCGGAAUUUGAUGAUGGCUAUGGGGAUGAUUUAAUGGGAAAUGAAGAAGAUCGAAAUUACCUUGAAAAGCUAUCAGAAAAAGAACGAGAAACUGAGCUUUUUAAGCGUGCUGAAAGGCGUGAUCAACUUAAGAGACGUUGGGAAAUUGAACGCAAAUUAAAGCAAACAAGAAAAGUUGAAAAUGCCAAGAACAAAAGUUUUAAGAAACCAGCCUCUAAAAAAUCUAGAAAACAAAAUGAUAAACCUCCGAAAAUAUUACCUUUCACUUCAACAAGUGUUGAGGAACAAACGAAAGCACCAUCGCCCAUGUAUGAUACUUCAUCUGAAAUUCAAUCGAUUAUUGAAAAAUCAAAUGAUUACCGUGAAGAGUAUUUUGAUCCCAAGGAACGUUCAAAGGAAAGAAAGAAAAAUGUAGAAAUGAACAAGACCGAUGACAAACGAAGCAAUGCUAUGGCAAUGUUGAAAGCUCGACGAGAAGGAAAGCAAAAGAGAGAAGUUGAACGAUCUGAAGCACUCAAACAAGUAGAAGAUGAAAAGGAAGAGCUCGAAGGUGUAGCUGAAAAAUCAUCUUCAGUUAAGUUAAAGGCUCGUGACAUCUAUUCUGAUGAUAGUGACAGCGACAGUGAAGGGAAGCAAUCACAAACAGGCAGAUCUUCCUCCAGUCGUUCCUCUACAUCAUCUGAUACUGAUGACGAAUCGCAAGCUGCUCUCAAUAAGAAACCAAUCUUUAUUUCAACACUCGAAGAUCUCAAUAAGCUACGCAUAUCAAGGCAUAAAUUAGAAAAGUUUAUUAACUUACCUAUUUUCGAAAAAACUGUUGUUGGUUGUUUCGUACGGAUUAACAUAGGAAAUAACAACUCAACUCAAAAGCUUGUUUAUCGAGUCGCUGAAAUAACAGCUGUCGUAGAAACACCUAAAAUUUAUGCUUUUGGAACUGGACGAACAAAUAAAGGACUCAAAUUAAAGCAUGCUACACAAGAACGAGUCUUUAGAUUAGAAUUUGUUUCAAAUCAGGAUUUCACCGAGUCCGAAUUCGAGAAAUGGAAAGAAAUUUGUGAAAAAUUUUCUGUUAUAAUGCCAACAGUCGAUCUUAUAGAGCAGAAGAGACGUGACAUACAAGGAGCUCUUAAUUACGAGUAUAAAGAUGAAGAUAUUGAUCGAAUUAUUGAAGAGAAAAAUCGAUUUCGAGCGCAUCCGACAAAUUAUGCCAUGAGAAAGACACAAUUAAUGAAGGAACGUGAUGCAGCAAUUUUACAAGGGAAUGAGGAGAUUGCAAAUGAGAUCAACUUAAAAUUGCAAGAGUUAGAAGAGCGUGCAAACGAAUUAGAUAAACGUCGAUCCAGUUCAAUUCAAUUGAUUUCCUAUAUCAACAAUCGAAAUCGUCGGAAAAAUGUAGAAGAGGCAGAAAAAGCAAUCAUUGAAGAAGCCCGAGCUACAAAAGGUUUAAAAUUUUCUGAUCCAUUCACAAGAAGAUCUACCAAACCGAAAAUGGCAUUCAAGGCAUCACAAGAACCAGUUGAAGAAAUAAUGAUUGCACCAGAUCCCCCAAAAGCUACAAAACAGAGAGAAAAAAGAAAUGAGGACAAUUCCUCAGCUGAAAAUUUAUACUCUUUGCAUGAUUUUGAGAUUGAUCUGGAUGUUCCUGUUCCAAUAUCAAAUGUAGCAGCUUUUCCUAAACCUGUAGAAAAAAUGCAGGAUUCAGGACCAAAAAUAAGAAGAUCAUUAAACUUGGAGGACUAUAAGAAGAAACGUGGCCUCAUAUAACUAACAUUAUUUAUUAAACUGCAGUUACAAAAAAGAAUCGCAAACUGGACAUUCAUUUUAAUGUAAUUUCAUAAUGUAUGUUCAUAAUAAUUCUAUACUUAACACUCAAAAUAUUUAGAUGAAUAAAUAAAUAUUUUAAAUUAUCUAUCUCUUAAAUAAAUAUAUCUGUCAGUGUUUAUAUUGAACAAUUAGGGAAUGUAUUUGGCGAUAUACUCUACAUAGGUUUUUAUUAUUUAUCUAGAUAUCUAGUUAAUACUUUACAAAACUAGAUCAUUUUUGGUACAUCAUUAAAGUAAGAAAAUUAUCAAAGUUAAUCUAGUUUUUACAUUUGCUCCUUAAACAGUCAAUCCGAGAAUUUUUGCAAUAAAAAUAAGAUUGAACUUUUG